AUGGAUGUACUUCAUAUUUUGCAGACGAACUUUGUGUCUAUUGUAAUCGGAUUUGUCGUUAUUAUUUUAUUGUGGAUGAAUCGAGGCAAACAAAGCAACUCACGUUUGCCUCCUGGUCCUUCACCGAUUCCUCUGCUUGGUAACUUGUUGCGAAUGGAUGUGAAAGCGCCAUACAAGCUCUACAUGGAGCUCAGUAAGAAGUAUGGCUCAGUGUUUACUGUAUGGCUGGGCUCCAAACCUGUAGUGGUGAUCUCUGGCUAUCAGGCUAUCAAGGAUGCUUUUGUCACACAAGGAGAAGAGUUCAGUGGCAGAGCCAACUACCCCGUGAUCAUGACAGUCUCUAAAGGAUAUGGGGUGUUGGUGAGCAGUGGGAAGAGAUCAAAAGAUCUUCGCAGGUUCUCGCUGAUGACCCUUAAAACCUUUGGGAUGGGGCGCAGGAGCAUCGAAGAACGUGUCCAAGAAGAGGCUAAGAUGCUGGUGAAAGCCUUCGGUGAAUAUGGAGAUUCAGUUGUCAAUCCCAAAGAAUUGCUUUGCAAUUGUGUUGGCAAUGUGAUCUGCUCCAUAGUCUUUGGGCACAGGUUUGAAAAUGACGACCCAAUGUUUCUGCUCAUCCAAAAGGCUGUUGAUGCCUACUUCCAUGUACUCAGCAGCCCUAUUGGAGCGAUGUACAACAUGUUCCCUAGACUCGUUUGGUGCUUUCCAGGCAAUCACCAUGAGAUGUUUGCUAUCGUAAACAAGGCCAAAGCUUACAUACAAGGGCAAGCAGAAAUCCGUCUUAAAACCCUUAACAUCUCUGAACCUCAGGACUUCAUCGAGGCCUUCCUGGUUAAAAUGCUGGAGGAGAAAGAAGAUCCCAACACUGAGUUCAACAAUGAUAAUAUGGUGAUGACUGCAUGGAGCCUGUUUGCUGCUGGAACAGAAACCACAUCAUCCACCCUAAGACAAUCAUUUCUGAUAAUGAUAAAGUACCCUCACAUUCAAGAGAGUGUUCAGAAGGAGAUAGACGAGGUGAUUGGCUCAAGAGUGCCCACGGUUGACUACAGAGUUAAAAUGCCCUACACGGACGCUGUCAUUCACGAAGUCCAGCGAUACAUGGACCUCAGUCCCACCUCUGUACCCCACAAAGUGAUGAGAGAUACAGAGUUCCACAACUACCACAUUCCAGAGGGUACCAUGGUCCUGCCUCUGCUGUCCUCUGUGCUUGCUGAUCCCAAACUGUUUAAAAACCCAGAUGAGUUUGACCCAGAGAACUUCCUGGAUGAAAAUGGAGUCUUUAAGAAAAAUGAUGGAUUCUUUGCUUUUGGAGUGGGGAAGCGGGCUUGUCCUGGAGAGGCUCUGGCCAGAGUGGAGCUCUUUCUCUUCUUUACCUCCCUCCUGCAGCGCUUCACGUUCACGGGCACCAAACCUCCAGAGGAGAUCAACAUCGAGCCAGCGUGCUCCAGCUUUGGCCGCAUGCCGCGUUCCUAUGAUUGCUACAUCAAACUCAGGACUGAGGAGUGA